AUGGACUUCCUCCCGUGCACGCCCAGCCCGAGUGAUGCUUCUUUCGGCAGCAUUAGCAGCAGCAGCAUCAGCAGUCGUAUCGGCAGCAUCGACUGCAUGGCAGACACGUCGGUAACCGAUUUUUCUGACAGCAGAACUUCGACCCCGUCAACUGGCGAAAACAUGGAGGCGAAGCUUCUCGACUAUUUUGACGGCGUGCCAUCUGACUGGAACAACCGUCCGGGAUGCUUACCUGCACCUCAAGAUCUUGACUGGUUGCUACCUUACAGUAUCGACAUCAACAGCCCCCUUUACGACACAAACUUUCCCAUGGAAGACCUCCUCGCUCUGGAAAUGCCUAGCCCCACGUUCACUUCAUCAUGCUUCUCAAUGGAACAAUCAUCACCUUCUCAGUCAAUGCACCAGUACAUGGGCAUCUCAACGCCGGACUCACUACCGGAACUUGGAAUGUCGUAUUCAAAUCACACUCCAAGAACCGAACAAACAAAGUUAAGCCCAGUAUCAACACCUGAUGUGAGCCAAGGGAGCGAGACACACCAGCAACUAUCUAUUCCAAUGAGCGUCCCUGAGCACACAUCUCAUUCCACAAUGACCAAGGAAUGCAACUGCUUCUCUCUCGUCUGCCAAUUGCAGGAGUCAGUGUACCACCACACGCAACUUUCAAGUGAGAUGGACUCACAAGUGCCGCUCGGCAUACUUCUCGACAUUGAGAGCUCCAUACACCAGACUGAAGAAACUAUCCGACACUGCCAGGAUUGUAAGCCGCGCUCAUCUCACUUCAUGAUGAUGCUAUGUCCCGUCAUCGACUGGGUCGUCGAUAGCUUAGGCAAGGUUCUCCUCCGCGGAGCUGCUCCCGGCAGCGCAUCACCGCCAUACGAGCAACCAACCAAAAGUGCGCCGCAGGUCGGCGACUCAGGUCUAAGCGGCGGAAACGGCGGACACGGCGAGAUCCCAAACCUGUGUAUUUACGAAUUGCUCAAGGGCCGACUUCGGAGACUUGGGCGGAUACUCAAUGGGAUAGGUGGCGAAACACAGAAAGAUCCGGCCGAUGAGUCUGCCUAUUUGGAUUCGGACUGUUUGGUGAAUGCAAUGGGGACCAUGGGGCAGGAGAUCCGCACAAAGUUAGAAUACCACCUCCGGUUAGUGGAAAUAUGGCUGUCUUGA